GAAAGCGACGUGUCAUAGCCGUGUUGUCAUUUCGUCUCGGUAAAUCCCUGAAAAAAAGUGAAAAAUCUGGGUAAUUAUUGUGAGAAUCUGAGUAAAAAUGCUGACAAACUUUGAGACAAAGUCCGCUCGAGUAAAGGGAUUAUCCUUCCAUCCAAAGCGACCAUGGGUUUUAGCGAGUUUACACAAUGGAGUUAUUCAGUUGUGGGACUAUCGGAUGCAUACUCUUCUUGAGAAAUUCGAUGAACAUGAUGGUCCAGUUAGAGGGAUCUGCUUCCAUAGUCAGCAGCCACUUUUCGUGUCCGGAGGCGAUGAUUUCAAGAUUAAGGUAUGGAACUACAAACAACGUCGGUGUACAUUCACCCUUCUGGGUCAUCUUGAUUAUGUGCGAACAACUGUCUUUCACGAAGAAUAUCCCUGGAUUCUGAGUGCUUCAGAUGACCAGACAAUUCGCAUAUGGAAUUGGCAAUCGCGCACAUGUAUCAGUGUUCUCACCGGUCACAAUCACUAUGUGAUGUGUGCCUCCUUCCAUCCCACCGAAGACCAGAUAGUUUCUGCAUCUCUCGAUCAGACGGUCCGAGUGUGGGAUAUCUCAGGUACUGCCAAUCGAGAUGGAAUGAAAGGUUUGCGGAAGAAGAAUGUGGCUCCUGGUCCCAGUGGCUUGGAGGAACAUCUAAAAAAUCCUGGGACAACGGAUCUCUUUGGUCAGGCUGAUGCUGUGGUGAAACACGUAUUGGAAGGGCAUGAUCGUGGUGUCAACUGGGCGAGUUUUCAUCCGCACUUACCUCUGAUUGUUUCCGGAGCUGAUGAUCGGCAGAUCAAGCUCUGGCGCAUGAAUGAGUACAAGGCCUGGGAGGUGGAUACAUGCCGUGGACACUACUACAAUGUCUCCUGUGUCCUCUUCCAUCCACGCCAGGAACUUAUCAUUUCCAACAGCGAGGAUAAGAGUAUUCGUGUUUGGGAUAUGACCAAGAGACAGUGUCUCCAUACUUUUCGCCGGGAAAAUGAGAGAUUCUGGGUGUUGGCUGCUCAUCCAACACUCAAUCUCUUUGCUGCAGGACACGAUGCUGGUAUGAUUGUCUUCAAGCUGGAACGCGAGAGACCAGCAUACACCGUUCAUGGAAAUAUCUUGUACUACGUGAAGGAGCGCAUUCUCAAGAAAUUGGAUUUGACAACGACAAAGGAGACUACUGUGACUCAGUUGAGAGGAAGUAGCAAAAUUCCUGUCUACAGUAUCUCCUACAAUCCAGCUCUCAAUGCUAUGCUGCUGUGCUCGAGGACCACCAAUAUGGAGAACAGCACUUAUGAGCUGUACAGCCUGCCCAAGGAUAGCUCUGAUAGCUCCAGCAAUUCUGAGGUGGAAUGCAAGAGAUCGUCAGGGAUAACAGCUCUCUGGGUGGCUAGGAAUCGUUUUGCUGUCUUUGAUCGCAACAAUCAGUUGGUGGUGAAGAAUUUCAAGAAUGAAGUGACGAAAAAAAUUCAAGCUCCUCCAUGCGAUGAGAUUUUCUAUGCUGGCACGGGAAUGCUUCUGCUGAGAGAUCCUGACUUUGUCACUCUGUACGAUGUGCAGCAAUUGGUGGUUAUUGCUCAGGUGAAGAUAUCCAAAUGUCGAUAUGUUGUAUGGUCACCGGAUAUGUCCCAUGUGGCUCUUUUGGGGAAGCAUACGGUGAACAUUUGCAAUCGUCGUCUGGAGUCUCUGUGCAAUAUCCUGGAGAAUACCAGGGUGAAGUCUGGUGCUUGGGAUGACAGUGGUGUCUUCAUCUACACGACUAGUAAUCAUAUCAAGUAUGCGAUCACAAAUGGAGAUCAUGGGAUUAUCAGGACAUUGGAUUUGCCCAUCUAUAUCACAAAAGUCAAGGGUACUCAGGUGUUCUGUCUGGAUCGGGAGUGUCGGGCUCGUGUGAUGAAUAUUGAUCCAACAGAGUAUAAAUUUAAGUUGGCUCUGAUCAAUCGGAAAUACGAAGAAGUGUUGCAUAUGGUGAGAAAUGCUCGUCUUGUGGGGCAGAGUAUCAUUGCCUAUUUGCAGCAAAAGGGAUAUCCGGAAGUGGCGUUGCACUUUGUCAAGGAUGAGAAGACAAGGUUCAAUCUCUCGCUGGAAUGUGGAAAUAUUGAAGUGGCUCUGGAGGCAGCAAAGGCGCUGGAUGAUAAGGCUUGCUGGGAACGACUCGGUCAGGUAGCUCUGAUGCAGGGAAAUCAUCAAGUGGUUGAGAUGUGUUAUCAAAGAACAAAGAACUUUGAUAAACUCUCCUUCCUCUAUCUCAUCACGGGGAAUCUGGAGAAGCUGAAGAAGAUGACAAAGAUUGCAGAGAUUCGCAAAGAUACUUCAGCUCAGUACCAGGGGGCUCUGUUGCUGGGAGAUGUGACCGAGAGGAUAAAUAUCUUGAAGAAUUGUGGUCAUUCAUCCUUGGCCUAUUUGACUGCAGCUACGCAUGGAUUCACAGAGGAGGCUGAUAAGUUGAAGGAGGAAAUCAGUCAAGGGAAAGAAAUUCCACCAAUCAACCCUAAUGCUGUGUUCCUGAAGCCCCCAGUGCCCAUUCAGCAAGCUGAAGCCAAUUGGCCUCUGUUGACAGUUUCCAGGAGUUUCUUUGAUGCUGCGAUGACCACAAAGGCUUCCAAGGGUGUUCAUCAGGCAUUGGCAUUUGAUGCUCCGACAGAUGGUGGCGUGGCUGAAGGAUGGGGAGCUGAUGCUGAAUUGGAUUUGGAUGAGGAGGAUGGUGAUGAGUUUAAGGAUGCAGAAAAGGGGGCUGAAGAGGGUGAAGCAGAGGCGGGAUCUGGAUGGGAUGUCGAUGAGGUGGAACUGCCGGAGGAGUUGAUGAUUAAUUUGAAGGGGACAGGAGAUGGUUCGGGUGGAUUUGUGGCACCGACUAAAGGAUUGUCUCAAGCACAGAUUUGGAGUAGUAAUUCUCAGUUAGUGGCUGAUCAUCUUCGAGCUGGUGCUUUUGACAGUGCCUUCAGGCUGUUGAAUGAUCAAGUGGGAGUUGUGAAUUUUGCACCGUACAAGAAAUUGGCAAUGAAUCUGUUUGCUGGAUCACGAACAUCGUACAGAGCUCUUCCGGGACUUCCUUCGAUGUUUGCUCAUCCCAGUCGCAACUGGAAGGAUUCUAAUCCCAAAAAUAGUCGUCCAGUAUUGGCUCUGAAGCUCAAUGAUCUCGUGCAGAAUUUGCAGAAGUGCUAUCAGCUGACAACAGGUGGGAAAUUUACAGAAGCCGUUGAGAAAUUCCAAUUGAUUGCCAUGUCCAUUCCACUGCUUGUGGUUGAGAGUCGUCAGGAUAUUUCAGAGGCUCAGCAAUUACUGACAAUCUGCAAGGAAUAUAUUGUGGGGCUGCAGAUGGAGACGAAGCGAAAGGGAUUGCCCAAGGGGACACUUGAGGAGCAACAGAGACUCUGUGAGAUGGCUGCAUACUUUACACACUGCAAUCUCCAGCCAGUUCAUCAGAUUCUUACCCUUAGGACUGCCCUCAAUAUGUUCUUCAAGCUGAAGAAUUACAAGACAGCAGCUAGCUUUGCCAGACGCCUCCUGGAGCUGGGACCCAGGAUGGAAGUGGCGCAACAGGCGAGGAAGAUGCUGCAGGCGUGUGAGAUGAAUCUCACGGAUGAGCACAAUUUGCAGUACGAUGAACACAAUCCAUUCAAUCUCUGUGCUGUCACCUACAAGCCAAUCUACAGGGGACAACCUGAGGAGAAGUGUCCACUCUGUGGAGCCACAUACAAUCCAGACUUCAAGGGGGUCCAGUGUGUUGUCUGUGGAGUGGCUGAAGUUGGAAAAACCGUGAUAGGUCUGAGGAUUUGUCACCUGCAAUUCCGAUAAAUUCCUAGCAGCAUUUUUGAAUGAGUUAUUAAUAUUAUCUUCUAUGUAUUACUUAUUAUAUUGGUCAAAUAAAAUUUUUAAAUGAUUAAAUUAAAAA